AUGUCAGAAACACGUUCGCGCCACAGGUUCCGCUCAAAGGCUAUCCUGUCCCUGCAGACAAUGGACACCGGGAAGAUUGAGUACGUCUUGCCUGUUGCAGCUGCAGCGGUUGCAACACGCACUGGAGAUGCGCGGGGCUCUCCCUCUGAGAUCGGGCUUGAGGCAACAGUCGGAGCGCAGUCGUUUUGCAUACUGGCCGGGGAUCGAACUCGGGACCAAGAGAGUGGGAGUCAGCGCCUUAUCCACUGGACCAUCGCGUCAGUUGCAGUUCUCACCCCCCAAAUAAUCUGCAGCUUCCCCAAGGAUGCUUCGCUAAGACAGCAGUGGGUCAGAGAGGUCAACCGUGAGUACUGGACACCUUCCAAGAGGUCACUCCUCUGCUCCGACCACUUCACUGAGUCGUGCUUUGAUAAGACGGGCCAGACCACCAGAUUAAAAGACAAUGCUGUGCCGACGCUUUUCGACAUACCUGCACCCUCUAGGAAAAAGGCCAGGCCAAGAGAGGAUCCCCUGGAUAGCGAAGCGACGGCUCCUGCACCGAGGGGUCGACCGAGGAAAAAACAGAAACAGGAAACUAGCAGCAAGUUAAGUCGUGAGGAACUUGAGGCAAAAUUGCAGCUGCUAGAGGAACACAACAAGAAAUUGACAAAGCUGCUUUCAAGGAGUCCACGACCCUCAACAGUGACUGAGACCAAGAAGACAGAAAGCAAGAAUAAAAGCAUCUUUGUCUUCAGGUAUCCGAGGAGGCAGAUCCUAUUGAAAGUGGCAUAUCUUGGGUGGGACUACCAGAGCUGUGCAUCGCAGGAAGAAAUCCAACAAAGUAUUGAAGAUAAAUUGCUGCAAGCACUUCUGAAAACAAAUUUGACAGAAUCUAUUAUUAGUUCAAAGUUUGAAAGGUGCAGUAGCAACAGUGAAGGCUUCAGUCCCUUUGACCAAGUCAUCACAAUCAUAGUCCGAAGUAAUCUAAAAUCUGGCCUGGGAGUCAUUCCUCCAGACAAAAAAGCAGGGUCAGCAGUGGAAGAGAAUCCAACAUUGCAGCUGUGUGCAGAAGAGAAUGGCGAGCAAGAGAUUGAUUACACCAGAGUAGUGAACGAAGCAUUACCCAUGGAGAUCCGGCUACUGGCGUGGUGUCCAGUUCCGGUUGGGUAUUCGCCCAAAUUUAAGAGCCCCAUAAAAAUUUUCAAGUAUUUUUUUCCAAGAGGAAGCUUGAAUAUUGAGCUCAUGAAUGAAGCUGCACAGCACCUCAUCGGGCGAAAUGACUUUAGAAAUUUUUACAGCAAGGAGAUGGUCAAAGAUCUUGGUAGUGUCUACAGGAACAUAAUCUUGUCCACUGUACUGCCAACUUGCUGUGACCUCAAGGCUGUUUACAGUGACUCUUCAGAUUGCCAAUGUGCCAGCAACCGUAAGGAAAAAGACAGUGAGCCCAAGGAGAACAUAAUACAUAAGCCAGCCCGAGGAGAUCAGAGGAGAGGGAAGCGCCUCGAAAAUGCUCCAGAACUGCCACUCAGAAGAACAGAUGAUAAUGAUGUAGGUCAAAGUAAUAAGGAGGAAGGAUAUGACAUGUGUGUGGCAACCCUCAAAGGACAGGACUUUCUGUGCGAGGAAGUGAGGAAGAUCAUGGCACUCCUAUUCAGUGUGGGAGCAGGGAAGGCAGAACCCGAUUCCAUUGUGGCAAUGUUGGAUGCUAGCAAACAGCCAAGAAAGAAACAGAACUUGAUAGCAAGUGAAGUGCCACUGGUGCUCUUCAAAACAGUUUACGAAGAAGAGGGCUGGCACUGGGACAGCAAAGCUCUACGGCAGGUGAUUUCACAACUUCAAGCUUUCUGGAUGCAGCAGGCUGUUCGAGCCAGUGCAAUGAAACACACCCUUAAGGACUUGGAGAACCAGCACUCUAUCAUAUCCAGGAAGGACGUAAUUGUUCCGCUACCUCAGGACCAGUGUGAAAAUUUAAUCGGCAAAGACUCCUCCUCAGUACUUCAGAUUAUUGCCAAAUCCUCUCAGAAUGAUCAUGAGUACUCCACAUCCAAGCCCAGUGCAGCUGGGAGUGACAACAAAAAUCAAGAUGAGGCCGACUUCAACCACACUGCCACCCUUCUGUUGAUCGAAUUCAUACGCCAGAGGUUUCAGAGGUUCCUCCUGAUACACUCGCGUGCUGCGGUGUACAGAGAGGUGCAGGAGGAACUGUGUUUCAGGGGAUUUUCUUUCACCAUUGAGAAGAUCAGGAGGAAGUGGAAUAACCUGAUCACCACAUACCGGAGAAUAAAGGAGAAGAACAGUGAAGAUCCGAAAGUCAAAAUAAUGUGGGAUUACUUUCAGCUGUUGGAUGAUCUUUUAGGAACAACAGUUCUCACUGUGCCGCCUGAGUGUGAAGUUCAGAGUGUCAAUAGCAGUGGCAGUAAAGGUCCUGUGUCACCCCAGUCUACCCCCCAAACUGAGGAAGCAACUCUGACAAAACCAGCGUCCCCAGCAAAGCUAUCAGCCCCUUCAAGGCUUGCUUCAACACCUACCAAAGCCCAUUCUCCAGAGAAGAUGGAGGCACCAAAAAAUACCCAGGUCUUCCGUCCAAAUGUCCCCAUCAAGACUGAAGAAGGAGCUGAACCACCAGUUAUCCACAUAGUUCAGUCUUCAGCAGGGACAACACUCACUGUGCCUCCAAGUUCACCCAGUGCACCCCUGCAUAGUGACAAGACAGUUGUGCUGCAGACCUCAACACCGAGGCUAGAGAAGGCACAAGUCAAUGGCAAGGCCUCUGACCCAUCAACAGUCUUCCUUGAAUACCAGAUUGAGCAAGGGGAGCGGCGGCUGGAUGUCAUGGACGAGUAUUUCCAGUACAUGAAGGAAAGGUUAGCAAAGAAAAUGCAGUACAAAAGAGAGAAAGCCCUGAGGGACAGCAGGAGUAUCAAAGUGCUUUGGGAAAUUGGAGAUGCUUCUGAAAACCUUAAGAAGGGUUUGCUUGAAGUGAAAGGCUCCUGAGGGAAUACAAGCAACUGGAGAGUGUUAGUGGCUGUGUGAGAAAUGUGAUAAUCGUAUCUGUUAAUGUUGUUAAGUGUUUUGUUUUCCAAUGAAAUAUUUUUUUUAGGAAUAUAAAGUUUCUAGAGUGGAUUUUUCUCUUUGAUAGUCAUCACUUAGGUGAGUAAUUGUGAAAUAAAAUUUUCAUUUUUUAAAACUGAAAAGUUCUUGGAUCAAAUUAAUUGCACACAUAAUUUUACAUGGAACAAAUCUUCACAAGAAAGACAGACCAGACUGCUGUGGUGCCUUUUAAAAUCUGUGACAAACGGUGUUUUUUUAUUUGAUUUUUUCAUCUCCCUUUUUCAGUUAGUUCAGUUCUCAAGAAACCUAGUCAGCUUAUAAAUAGACAGUCUGGGAAAUUUCAGUUUGAAACAUCUCAUUUCCUUAGAGAUCUGUACCUGAUGUUAUAGUGUAUACACAAGUAAAAUCAGUAAUUGUUUUACUAUAGUAAUAUCAGAUAAUUAUAUCUAAAAUAGUUCUGUAAGUAUAUUUGUUUUCAGUUGUGUAAUAAAUAUAAGAAUAUUUUUUCAACUAAUUUACUAAAUUAGGAUAAAUUUAAUUCUGAUACAUUUGUUCAGUCAAAAAGCAAUGCUUCUGAAUAAAAAUUAGAAUUUUACUUUUUUCUCAUGAACUUUAAUAUCCUUAUGAAUGAAGAAGACAUAAAGAGAUUUGAUGCAAAAUCAAAAUAAGAACUAUCAAUAAAACACUAGACUCUUUGUAAGUACUAACACAUGCACAAUUCCUAUAGCAGUCCCCAAAUUCGAAGCUUACUGCUGAACUUAGUACAUAAAAACUGACUCCUUGAGUACAUAUUCAGAUAUAUUGCUUGAGGGAACAUGAAAAGUGGAAAUGCAGUUAUGAUGAAAGAUCACAUUUCACUUUAGGUAAACAUUGUUUAUGAUUUUUACUAUUUAUACUUAAUCAAAAACAUUGUUGAUCAUGAAACCUUAAAAUGACAAAUGUAAGUGUAGCAUUCUUGACAUCAUAUUUUUUCCAUACAAAAA